UAAUGCGCUACCCAACUGCAAAAUAUCGGCUUAACGUUGUGACUUUAAAGAGACGAUUCAGCUAGACAAUCAAAAUGGCAGAACAGGCAGAUAUCGCUUUGAUUGGCUUGGCCGUCAUGGGCCAGAACAUCAUUCUCAACAUGAAUGACCAAGGCUACAAGGUGUGCGCAUUCAACCGAACCGUAUCAAAAGUGGAUGAUUUCCUGGCUAAUGAAGCUAAGGGAACGAAUAUCAUCGGAGCUCAUUCAAUGGAGGAAAUGGUGAAGAAGUUGAAGAAGCCAAAGAAGGUGAUGCUACUUGUGAAGGCCGGGUCUGUGGUGGAUGCAUUCAUUGACAAACUGGUCCCCCUGUUGGAAGCUGGUGAUAUCAUCAUUGAUGGCGGGAACUCUGAAUACACAGACACCAAUAGACGUUGCAGGGACUUGAAGGCAAAGGGCCUCCAUUAUGUUGGAUCAGGUGUGAGUGGUGGUGAGGAGGGUGCCAGGCAUGGCUCCAGCCUGAUACCGGGCGGUGCACCGGAGGCAUGGCCCCAUCUAAAGCCAAUCUUCCAAUCCAUUGCCGCUAAAAUCGGCAAAGAACCAUGCUGUGAUUGGGUUGGCGACGAAGGGGCAGGACAUUUCGUCAAGAUGGUCCACAACGGUAUCGAGUAUGGCGACAUGCAGCUGAUCUGUGAGGCAUAUCACUUGAUGCGUGAAACGCUUGAAAUGACGCCUCCCGAGAUGGGUAAAGUGUUUGAGGCAUGGAACAAAACAGAGUUGGACUCCUUCCUUAUUGAGAUAUCUGCUUUAAUUAUGCAAUACAAAGAUGACAAGGGUGAAUACUUGGUGGAAAAGAUACGCGACUCCGCUGGACAGAAAGGCACUGGUAAAUGGACUGCCAUCAAUGCCCUAGAGUUUGGAGUACCUGCCACUGUCAUAUCCGAAGCUGUGUUUGCACGUUGCCUUUCGUCAUUGAAAGCAGAUCGUGUGACGGCCAGCCGUAGUCUCAGGGGACCGGCAGAGACAAAAUACAGGGGAGACAAGACAGCCUUUAUUGAGAGCAUUAGAAAGGCACUCUAUGCUUCCAAGAUCAUCUCCUUUGCUCAGGGAUUCAUGCUCAUGAAACAAGCAGCCAAGGAAUUCAACUGGACAUUGAACUACGGUGCCAUUGCCUUGAUGUGGAUGGGUGGGUCGAUUAUCAAGAGUCGUAUUCUGCGAAAUAUUAAGGAAGCCUUUGAUCAGAAUCCAGAUCUUGUUACCCUCCUUAUGGAGGACUUCUUCGUGGAUGCUAUUCAUAAUUGUCAGAAAGCAUGGCGUGAUGUUGUUGCCACGGCCGUCCAACUCGGGGUGCCAACUCCAGCUCUUGCAUCCGCGCUGGCUUUCUAUGAUGGGUACAGAACCGAAAGGCUGCCAGCCAAUCUCAUCCAGGCCCAGCGUGAUUUCUUCGGCGCUCACAAGUACGAACUUCUCUCAAAACCUGGGAAAUUCAUUCACACCGACUGGACUGGACACGGAGGCAGGGUGUCAUCAACAACGUAUGAUGCAUAGCAACUCAGGAAAUCCCAUCCUGAGGAAAUCAGGAGUUAAUGUUCGCUUCUCCGGUCCUGCACACAAACCCCCGAGACAUUUGCCCUCAUUUGGUGAAGUACAGGCGUACGUCACCUUUAAGUCAGCACGGAGAUUAAACUGUCAACCUCGGUUCUGGUACCGUACUAAUCAAUGAAAACCGCACUCAGAACUUGCAGUGCACACUUCGAUAGAGACGCUGCUCUCGCGUUGUAGGCAUGAUCAAAUGCCAGUCAUUCUCCAAAGCAGCGAUAACAUUCAAGCAUAGUGUAACUAUCCACUGCACCGAAGAAUGAAAGCGAGUUUGGAUAUCGUUUUUGAAAUUCCUUGACUCAAAAUCAAUGUAAGCGACGUUCUGAUUGGGUGCACUUACUUCGCUCUGUUCAUCUUUAAGUUGUGAAAUUCUGAAAAAUCUAUAUUUGUCGGCCGCCUAAAAAUCACCCGCGAAUUGGCUGAGACCCCUUUUCAGCAAAAACAGGCCAAUUCAUUCAAACAGAUGGAUUGAAAGUCGUCCAACUUGCCUCAAUAUCUCUCUACACACAUGUUACAAUUACAAAACAACUGGUAAAAGUCCCAUGACUUAUCUAUUUCCUCAGUUAUUCACUUUUUUCACAGCGACCCCUAUUUUUGCACCCCCGGGCGGCCGUCACCCUCAAUUCAACCCCUUGCUGCUCCAAAGGUAUAAUUAUCAUCUUUAUUCCCAAAAUUGAUAGAGAAUAAGCCCAUAACCUAUAGUGAAACAACAGUGACAUCUGUUAUCCAUUUCUACAGUGUCCUAAACACAAAACCGAGUAUACUCGGUUUGCGCCAUCAAAGUUAAAUCGAAGUUGUAAUUAGAUUAGAGUAAUUCACUCUCAAAGUUGAAGUCGGAGUGAGAGUCGUCUCUAAUAGAUAUAUAGCUGCAAACGUGUCAGAACACAUAUUUGCUGACAAUUGGUUCACGAAACUAAUGCAAUGCACGCUUCAUUCCACACUGCAGUCUCCCCUGCAAAAUAGAUAGAAACAUAAGCUUUGGUAAAAAGGGUUGUGAAAACCUUGCCAAAGGACUUCUAAUAUUGGUCUAAUGUGUCUGUCUGUUAAUUUAAUGAAUUGUCCUAGUAGUUCAUAGCUCGACAUAAAGUACAUAUAUUGCGAAGCCAUUAUCAUUUGGGUGGGCUCUGUCUUUACUCACUGGCACGGAGUUUAUCAUAUAAGUCCUCAGAAUGCUCCGACUGUGAUGGCUUUGGGUAUCCUGUUGAUCCUCCCCUUGUAGACACCUCCACAUUAUUGACAUGUCCAUUCAGUCCCACCUCUCUACUCUGAACUGCAGACAGGGCAAUGGUGACUUUCUACUCGCAAUUACGGACAGUUAACAAAAACAGUGGCCUAGCAGGUGAUAAGUUAGCGUAAUAAAUGGAAAUACAGUAGAACCUCUCUACUAAGGACACUUUCGGGACUGACGAGUGCUGUCUCUAAUAGAGAGUUGUCCUGAUUAGAGAGGUCAAAUUGAAUGGAAACCACGAAUUUGAGACCAAAACUAGUGUCCUCAAUAGAGAGUUUGUCCUUGAUAGAGAGGUGUCCACUAAGGGAGGUUCCACCGUACAUGUAAUCAUACAUGGUGUGUUUUGGUGAGUGGAUUUAGUUCUGAUCGCUCUCCUUGUCAGGACCUGUUGCUCUCCUCAAAGUCCCAGGCUUUGUUCAGUUAUCGUCUCAGCUCAUCAUUGAGCCUAGCUAUAAUUAAGACUUAAUUGUUGUUUAUUGAGUUGUUUGUUCCCUUGUAUACUAAUUACGAAAUGGUGUGAAGUAGCAAAUGCGUUUAGUAGUUACAUGCUUUUAUGUAACUAACUAAGGAUAUUCAUGUAUUGUAAAAUACAAGCCAUGUAAUGACAAAGUUGGCAAUUUAAAUUACUCUGGUUAUUUAUUUAUUUAAAUGUAUCUAUUUAUUUAUUUACUUAUUUAUUUAUUCAUUUAUUCAAAUUCACUAUGCCAUACAUAAAAGUAAAACAUAUAUUGACAAAUACAAACGUGCUACAAUAGGGACAUCAAAUAGGCUAAAGCAUUUAAUUAGCUGCCCUUUAAAAAACAACAAUAUGCAUUAAUAAGGCACAAUUAAGUUACGUUGGUCGACACAGAGCACAGCGACGAAAGCUUGUCCAAGUGCAUGUGUUUUGUACAUUAAAAGAAGAAACUUGCUUAGAUUUGUAAAAGUCUAUGACCAAGCAUGCCAAGGGCGGAUCCAGACUUUUUAGAAAGGAGGGACGCAAGUGAAGGCUAAGCCUUAACAUUGUAGGCGCGAACGGAGUUCGGCGCGAACGCGGACGAAUUUUCACACUUAUAGUGCAUUGAUAUUUGAAACUUGGUUCAGGUGAUCAGUAUAGUGUAAAGAAUGCUGACUGUGUAUGAUAUCGUUAUUGACAAUAAAUUAUUCAGAGACACUUUUCUAAACGUGCUACCCUCGGGGUAUUUGUAGCCCACUAGCUCGGGGUAUUUUUAGCCCCUAUAAAUAGUUCGAUAUACCUGUCAUAAAUCAUAAAGAUGCUAGGUUUCUUCAUUCUUAUACCUGAAAUAAUAUUAUUUGAUCAGAGAUACAAUGUAAACCCUUCCGUAACCGAAGUUAUAGCUAGAAGGUGCUAUAAAUACAUACCCCAUUUAACCUUAUAUGUCAAAAUUUGGCUGAGUCCAAUGGUGGUCCUGACAGAUUCAAGUUAGCAAUGGUUAUCUCGCAACGACAAGUAUGCAGCCGGUCUGCUUCUUCAAGUUCACUUCACGUUUAAGCUCAGACUCUUUCACAAUAUUUGGAUCACCUUUCUUAUAGUAUUAUAGCCAAUCAUCGCACUUUCUAUUGACCUCAUGUACCACCUUUUAUAUGUAUCUGUGAUAAUAAAUCAGAGUUAGUUUAGUCUUUGUACAAGAAUCAUGUCUGCUGUUUAUGGCUGGCGCGAGUGGACAAAAUUUAGAAUUAAUUAACGGCAUAAAUAGGAAUUGUGGUGCACCAUAAAUCAACGAAUCAAAACAUCGGAUCUGGUGAAUUAUGCCGCAGCAGAAUUCAGAAUUAUGCCACGGCAUAAAUAGGAAUUGUGGUGUGACCAAUCAGAAGGUGUCAAUCGUUUUAUUUAUGGUAUGGCAUAAAUCUCACUUCCGUCCACAAUUCCUAUUUAUGCCACGGCAUAAUUCACGAGAUCCGAUGUUUUGAUUGGUUGAUUUAUGGUGCACCACAAUUCUGAUUUACUUCCGUCCUCCUUAAAUGACACUUCCGUCCACAAUUCCUAUUUAUGCAGCGGCAUAAUUCACGAGAUCCAAGGUUUUGAUUGGUUGAUUUAUGGUGCACCACAAUUCCGAUGUAUGCCGUGGCAUAAUUAUGAAUUCUGUCCACUCGCGCCUAUGGCAAGCGGAGUGUCCAGUAAUUAAAAAAACCUAGAUUUAUUCAAACCUGGUUUUUUACCUAAUAAACUAAGUUUAUUUGGAAAAAAUAUAGGUUUUUUAAAAACAACCUUGUUUAUUAGCUAAUAAACCGAGUUUCUUUGAUAAAACCAAGUUUUUUACCCAAUAAACCUUGUUUCUAUCCACAAAUGUCAAGUUUAACAAAUAAACUUGGUUUUAUUCCCUAAAAUAUAAGUUUUUCAUCCAGUGGUAAUAAACUUAGUUUUAUAGCAAAGAAUCUUGGUUUAUUAACAAUAACUGGACAAAUGGCUUAUAAACCUACCUUUUUACAUAAAAAACUUGGUUUUAUACAAAACAACUUAGUUUUCUGCAAUAAAAUCUGGUUUUAUUGUAAAAAAUAUAGGUUGUUUUGAAUAACUGGACAAACGGCGUGCAAAAACCUACUUUCUAUCGAGAAACUUGUAUUUUCUACCUCGCCCCAUGUACACAAAUCCGCGAUGUUAUCGGGACGAGGAUGGGCAACCUCGGCACCACGUGGUACUACUGCCCUGUAGCCAGUGCGAUUCUUGCGCUAGCGGCAGCACAUGUAGCAUACAAUCCGGUAUCACUAUUGAACCUCGUUCCUGGUCAUCAUGAUCACCGCAUUCAUACAUGGGAAAGCUUUGGAAUGCUGCACUGCACUGCACUCUGUAAACUAGUUAGUGAGACCCUAACCUCAUCCCAGAUAACUCAAUGUAGGUAGGAUCGAGGUUUAAAAAUGUUUUCUAAUAAACCAGGUUUUUUAAAAAAAACUAGGUUUAUAAGUAAAAAAACUUAGUUUUUUUAAAUAAACUAGGUUGUUUUGGUAAUAAACCUUGUUUUAUUGAAUAAAUGGACAUUUCUGUACAGAAACUUAUAUUUUAUACGAUUAUGUGGUAAAAAACCAAGUUUUUUAGGUAAUAAACCAGGUUUUUUAUCAUAAAAUGUUAGUUUCUGUUAAAAAACCUACUUUAUUAGGAAAGAAAGUAAAAAAACUUGGUUUUAUUAAAGAAACUCGGUUUAUUAGUUAAUAAACAAGGUUGUUUUUAAAAAAACUUAUAUUUUUUCCAAAUAAACUUAGUUUAUUAGGUAAAAAACAAGUUUUUUUUGAAUAAAUCUAGGUUUUUUUAAUUACUGGACACUCCGCUUGCCAUACGCGCCAGCCAUAGCUGUUGGCCAUUCUUUAUAGAAAUACCCCUGACUGAUCAAUAAGGAGAUACGUCUCAACAGGUUAGGCGAGGUCGAUUGUAGCUAUACCUGGAAUCUUCACUGUAGAAAAGUUCUGAAUCAGUCAUACAAAGUCAGCAGUUUGCUGAUCGCGUCCGAUCCAGGGAUUGCGUGCAGUAAUAUGUGUCAUUCUGCUCCGAGGGUUCACCAAACUAGGCUAUGUCAUUUUUUAUUAUCAAACACUGUACUCUAAAAGAUGCUUUGUUCGUACGAAUCGUUGGCGUUCUCAUUUAUAGAAGGAUGUAUAUGGUAUCGUAUACCAAACAACAGGAAAUCCAACAUUUCUUAGAAACUACUGUGAGGGGUUACAAAGCGAAUGAAUCCACGAAAACUCUUUAAGCUUCCAUACCAAUGUAUUUUGUUUUACAAGGAUGAAUAAAGUUUCGUCGUUGUACCGAAAAA